UCUUCCUUCUUUCUUUUUCUUCACUGUUUGUUUCCGGUGUCCGAGGGUUUUCUUUUGGCUUUCUCCUUCGGCUCUGCCGAGGAUUCUGCCAAGAUUCGACUUUCGGCUGCAGCUUCUCGUUUGGUGAGGAUCUAGCAUGGAACCCUCUGGUCCCGAGGGAAAUGGGGCGCACAACGGUGUGCAACCUCCCUCAUCUGAUGUCCCGUCGAAUGACGUUCCCGGUCAAGUGGAGGAAGUAAAUGCUCCUGCACCACUGAAGAAAAAGGCUGCACGGGUUCCAAUAGCCAGGCGAGGGCUUGGUUCCAAAGGCCAAAAGAUAGCCCUUCUGACAAAUCACUUCAAAGUCAAUGUUACAAAUGUUGAUGGCCAGUUCUUCCAUUAUUCUGUAGCCGUGUCUUAUGAAGAUGGUCGCCCUGUGGAUGCAAAGGGCGUUGGACGACGAGUGAUGGACAGAGUGCAGGAGACUUAUAGCAGUGAAUUAUCUGGAAAGGACUUUGCAUAUGAUGGAGAGAAGAGUUUGUUUACCAUUGGGCCUCUUCCAUGCAACAAACUUGAAUUCACAGUCGUUCUUGAGGAUGUAUCAUCAAGCAGGAAUAAUGGAAAUGCUAGUCCCGAUGCUCAUGGAAGUCCAAAUCACAGCGAUCGGAAGAGAAUGCGGCGACCUUAUCAGUCAAAAACUUUUAAAGUAGAAAUUAGCUUUGCUGCGAAGAUACCCAUGCAGGCGAUUGCUAAUGCUCUGCGGGGUCAAGAAUCAGAGAAUUUCCAGGAAGCCGUUAGGGUGCUGGAUAUAAUACUGAGGCAGCAUGCAGCUAAGCAGGGAUGCCUUCUUGUUCGCCAGUCAUUCUUUCAUGGUGAUCCAAGAAACUUUGCCGAUGUGGGGGGUGGUGUUCUUGGAUGUAGAGGAUUUCAUUCGAGCUUCAGAACUACCCAGGGAGGCUUGUCCCUUAAUAUAGAUGUAUCGACUACCAUGAUCAUACAACCUGGGCCAGUGGUCGAUUUUCUAAUUGCGAACCAGAACGUGAAGGAUCCUUACUCACUUGACUGGGCGAAGGCCAAGCGGACGCUCAAGAAUCUUCGGAUUAAGGCGAGCCCCUCAAAUGCCGAGUACAAGAUAACUGGACUAAGUGAAAGUCCGUGCAAGGACCAACUAUUCUCACUGAAGCAGAGGAGUGGAAAUGCUGAUGGGGAGGUUCACGCUGUGGAAGUUACUGUUUAUGAUUAUUUUGUCAACCAUAGGAAGAUAGAUUUGCGUUACUCUGGAGAUUUUCCAUGCAUUAAUGUUGGGAAACCAAUGCGUCCAACUUACAUACCACUGGAGCUCUGUUCAUUGGUGUCCUUGCAACGUUACACAAAAUCUUUGACAAAUUUCCAAAGAGCUUCACUGGUUGAGAAGUCGAGGCAGAAGCCCCAAGAAAGGAUGAGGGUUUUAUCAGAUGCUCUGAAGCGGAGCAACUAUGAUUCUGAACCUAUGCUACUUUCAUGCGGCAUCACAAUUAGCAAUAGCUUUACUCAAGUUGAAGGCCGCAUUCUACCGGCUCCUAAGCUGAAAGUGGGCAAUGGAGAGGAUUUCUUUCCCCGCAAUGGACGGUGGAGCUUUCAGAAUAAGAAAUUUGUUGAGCCAGCCAAGAUACAGAAAUGGGCUGUGGUGAACUUCUCUGCUCGUUGUGAUGUGCGUGGGCUUAUAAGAGAUCUGACUAGAUUAGCUGAAAUGAAAGGACUUCUCACCGAACAACCUUUUGACGUGUUUGAGGAAAGCCCCCAAUUCAGAAGAGCCCCUCCUGCUGUUAGAGUGGAUAAAAUGUUUGAGGAGAUACAGGCUAAACUACCUGGGGCACCACUCUUCCUUCUUUGUUUGAUUCCAGAGAGAAAGAACUGCGAAAUCUAUGGUCCAUGGAAGAAGAAAAAUCUUUCUGACUAUGGAAUCAUCACCCAGUGCCUCUGUCCCAUGAGGAUCAAUGACCAAUACCUCACCAAUCUUCUUCUCAAGAUUAAUGCAAAGCUCGGUGGCUUGAACUCUCUGCUGACGGUGGAGCAGUCUCCUAAUAUUCCUGUGGUUUCCAAGGUCCCCACAAUGAUCCUUGGAAUGGAUGUGUCUCAUGGCUCUCCUGGGCAUUCUGAUAUUCCGUCCAUUGCUGCGGUGGUAAGCUCUCGCCAAUGGCCAUUAAUUUCUCGCUACAGAGCUACUGUCCGUACCCAAUCCCCUAAAGUAGAAAUGAUAGACUCUCUGUUUAAAAAGGUGUCUGAUGACGAGGAUGAAGGUAUAAUAAGAGAGCUUCUACUGGACUUUUAUGUGAGUUCCGGCAAAAGAAAACCUGACCAGAUUAUCAUAUUCAGGGAUGGAGUCAGCGAGUCUCAGUUCAUGCAGGUCUUAAACGUAGAAUUGGAUCAGAUCAUUGAGGCCUGCAAGUUCCUUGACGAGAAGUGGUGCCCCAAAUUUGUGGUGAUUGUUGCUCAGAAAAAUCACCACACAAAAUUCUUCCAGUCUGGAUCUCCAGAAAAUAAUGUUCCUCCUGGAACUGUCAUAGACAACAAAGUCUGUCAUCCUCGGAACAAUGAUUUCUAUCUUUGUGCGCAUGCAGGGAUGAUAGGAACCACUAGGCCUACGCACUACCAUGUGCUAUAUGACGAGGUCGGUUAUUCAGCAGAUGAUUUGCAGGAACUCGUACAUGCUCUAUCAUAUGUAUAUCAGAGAAGCACAACUGCGAUUUCUGUAGUCGCUCCGAUUUGCUACGCCCACUUGGCGGCGACCCAGCUGGGGCAUUUCAUCAAAUGCGAGGAUGCAUCAGAGACAUCGUCUAGCCAUGGUGGGCUGACAUCUGCUGGAGCCGUUCCCGUCCCUCAGAUGCCGAAACUGCAGGAUAACGUCAGCAGCUCCAUGUUCUUUGUCUAAGCCUAUCGUGCAUCAUUUUGGCCUCCGAUGGCAAGCUAAGGUGCAGUUUCAGCUGUAUGUGGUAGGAAUAUAGUAGUCCGUCUUCUUCCAUGGGGCUUCCGUGGGUUUUUCCCUGUGGAUAAUGCCAAAUAUCUAACUUAUAUUGACGGAAGGAUUGGUCUGUAUAAUGUGUUUAUAUGUCCUGACCUGGAUGUGACUUGGUAAAACUGCUAGGAUGUUUCUAAUGUAUGCUUGUGCUCUAGCUGCUCUGCAUGGCUCUGGUUGGAGUCGGUCUGCAGUAAGGUGUUAAUAUUUC